AUCCUUUUAUUAAUAUCUUUGUUUACAACAUUUUCAUUCCUCUUUCUCUUCUUCCCUAAGCCCCACUUUCCACUGCCUGCAUAUUCUCUAAUUCCUCCUUCAUAUAAGCAUCUAUUUUCUUCCUUUCUACAUCCAAUAAGUAUUAUCCAAUAGUUUACACUUAUCCUAUUUGCCAACUUUCUUUCCUCUUCUUUUCAUAUUUAAUCAAAGGUUCUUUUUAGUGUUACAUAUUUGAAGCACUUGGUUGCAGCUUAUAGUCAAAAGAUGGAAAAAAUUUCUGGAUUUUGUGGAGAUGAAGAAGAAAUGGAAUUGCCUCCUGGUUUUCGUUUUCACCCUACUGAUGAAGAGCUUAUCACUCACUACUUAUCCCCAAAAGUUCUUGAUAGCAGCUUUUGUGCCAGAGCUAUUGGUGAGGUGGACUUGAACAAGAUUGAACCCUGGGAUUUGCCAUGGAAGGCAAAAAUGGGUGAAAAGGAGUGGUACUUUUUCUGUGUAAGGGAUAGGAAAUAUCCAACUGGCUUAAGGACAAACAGAGCAACUGAGGCAGGGUAUUGGAAGGCAACUGGUAAAGAUAAGGAGAUAUUCAAGUUGAAAACACUUGUUGGUAUGAAGAAAACUCUGGUUUUCUACCAGGGGAGGGCACCUAGAGGAGAAAAAUCCAAUUGGGUCAUGCAUGAAUAUAGAUUAGAGGGCAAAUAUUCAGUCCACAACCUUCCUCAAACUGCCAAGAAUGAAUGGGUGAUUUGCAGAAUCUUCAAAAAGAGUGCAGGAGGGAAGAAGAUACAUAUUUCAGGGCUAAUAAAAAACAACAAUAUAAAUGACAAUUCAAUGUCUUCAAAUUUGCCUCCAUUAAUAGACAUAUCAUCAUAUGACAGUCAAAUUACAACAACAACCACAUGGAAAGGGGAAACAUCUAAUUAUUCUCAUGUGACCUGCUUCUCCAAUUCAAUAGAGGACCAAAAAUCUCAAACUAGCUUGGCUGAUGAUUUGAGCACAAAUAAUAAUCCUUAUGUGGAGAAUUUCCAAUAUGGGGAUUUUGGUUUAAUGCAAGAUCACUCCAUACUGAGGCUUUUGUUUGAGAACAAAGAGUCAGAAGCAAAGCAGAAUUAUGAUACGAGGGCUUAUGAGGAUCUUGAUUGUCUUUGGAAUUAUUGAAUUUGAAAGAAUAAAGACCGAGGAACAACCGUUUUAUUACUUUGGCGGUAUUAUUUCUUUACAAUAUAUGCGGGGUGAUCAGUUGGACCUAGCAUAUGAAAUGCAACACUUGGUAGAGCUAAUGGAUAUAGUGUGUGUGUAUGUAUUCUCAAAGUUGUUGCUAUAAUUUGAUUACUUUUAAUUCCGUGGGCUUGAAUAGGAGAAGGAAAAGUGAAUAGAAGAAGAAUACAUGUUUAAUUUGGGAUGCGAACCCCAAUACUGUUGAGGUUUAGGGUAGAAAGUGCAACAAUUAGUUGCAACUCAAAAUCCCAAAGUUAGAAUAUUAUUAUAGUAAUACUGAUUGUGUAUUGAUGUUUCUCACCUCAAAUAAUACAAGUAAUUAGUACAUGUUCAUAGGAGAAUGAA